ACUGAUAAGCGUUACAAGGACGUUGCCAGACUCAUCCAACUUUAUAUCUUCACCAGGUUACUGAACAAUGAAGGUUCACUUCUGGCUUACUCCGGGUACGGGGACACUGACGCACGAGUAACAGCCGCCAUCGCCAGCAACAUCUGGGCAGCUUACGACAAGAACGGCCACCAAGCCUUUAACGAAGAUAAGCUCAAAUUCAUACUCAUGGACUGUAUGGAGGGACGAGUGGCCAUUACUCGUGUCGCCAACCUGCUGCUGUGCAUGUACGCCAAAGAGACAGUGGGCUUUGGGAUGCUUAAAGCCAAG